GUGUUGUGACCGUAGUUCGCGAUCCCAUUCCUCAGGCCUAGGGUCUGCUCUGGGCCAUGGAUAGUCUGGAAGCCAAUUUUGGAUAUCUUAGCCUUGGGAACGGCACUCAUCAGUUGCCAGAAACGUCAUACUUUUACGCCAACAAUCCCCAGCUUCUGAAAAGUUUUGGUCCAGUGUCCACUGGUACACCCAAGCGAAAUGAUCCUCGGUUCGGGCGAUAUUCUAGUUCAGACGCAUGCGCCAAUGGUUAUCCCAUACUGAACCAGUGGGGAAUGGUAAGCAAGUUUCAAAAUGUCGGUUUGUUUGGUCCUCCUCCACUUAUACAAGAAAAUGGACACUUGAUGCAAGGGAAUUAUGGACAGCGCUCUUACCGCAAGCCCUACCGCAAUCCGACUUGGACACCGUCUCCCACUAAAAGGCUAGAACAGGAUUUGUUCGAUCAACCCAAGCGCGGUCUUAAUUUUCAGUUAUAUGACAGCAUACCAGUUACCCAAUCUGGUCCAAAUUGGACUCCUGUUGAGCCUAUAACGUCUUUUACUGAGGUUGAUUUACAUCAAACCAUCCAAGAAAAUAUUGCGCAUGCUCAAUAUUUGCACCCCACACCUGUGCAGAAAUACGCGUUGCCAAUUAUUGCAGCUAACAGAGACCUUAUGGCAUGCGCUCAGACUGGAUCCGGGAAGACCGCUGCAUUUUUACUGCCUAUAUUAAAUCGAAUUUUCCAGCAAGAAGAACACGUACCAUCGGUGGUAAGCGGGGAGGCAUAUCCACUCGCUCUAGUACUGGCUCCCACAAGGGAAUUGUCCUGUCAAAUUUACGAUGAAGCUCGGAAGUUUGCUUAUCGUUCCGAUGUGCGGCUGUGUGUAGUUUACGGAGGUGCUUCCAUUGUGACGCAGGUUCGAGAGUUACAGAACGGCUGUCAUUUGCUGGUGGCCACUCCCGGCCGCUUAGUGGACAUGAUCAGUCGAAAUAAAGUCAGCUUGGAACAUGUUAAAUUCCUUGUUCUUGAUGAAGCUGAUCGUAUGCUAGACAUGGGCUUCGAACCUCAAAUCCGCCGAAUAGUUGAGCAACACCGUAUGCCCCAAGCAGGGCAACGACAGACAUUAAUGUUCUCUGCCACUUUCCCAAAAGAGAUUCAAACUCUUGCUCGGGACUUCCUGCACUCUUACAUAUUUCUUGCCGUGGGUCGUGUCGGCAGCACGAACGAGAACAUAACGCAGGAGGUAUUAAACGUUGCUGAUCAUGAAAAACCUGAAUUAUUGGUUCGUUUGCUCCAAAAUAAAGAUCCAGAUGGCUUGGUUCUCGUGUUUGUGGAAACAAAACGUGGUGCUGAUUUGCUGGCAAAGUUCCUCAGUCAGCUCAGCUUCCCUGUUGCCUCGAUUCAUGGAGAUCGGCCGCAGUCAGAUAGAGAAAGUGCCCUAUCAUCGUUUCGUGAUGGCCAAACCCCCAUUUUAAUCGCUACCGCUGUUGCUGCUCGAGGCCUAGACAUACCGAAUGUAAAGCAGGUCAUAAAUUUCGACUUACCAUCGGAUAUUGAGGAGUACGUGCAUCGAAUUGGCCGUACCGGUAGAAUGGGACAGCCGGGUUCAGCGACGUCAUUCUUCUCCGAUCGGAACCAAAAUGUCGUCCGUGACCUGGUCGAUUUACUUCGGGACUCAAAACAGCCCGUACCUAGCUGGUUAGAAGCCCGCUUAUCCCUUUCUGCUGUCGGCGAUCCCCGUCGAAAUAAAGGUAGCGGCUCAUCUAAACGGCGAGGCAACUAUGGAUCUUUGGACUAUAGGCAGCACGGUGUUCGCGGCGCAGCAUAUAUCAGCUCAGUUCCCUUGGGGAACAGCAAUAACAACAGCGUUUUUCCGAAUGCUGGUUUUGGCAUCCUUGGAAGUUGUUCAGUACCACCUACAGCUGUUGGAUCUGGUCCACGUUUUCCUGUCGUCUCGGCUUACGAGCCAAGCAUCCAUUCACAGCACCCAAAUCGAAUCCUAUUUCGCGGCGGACCUACUUUUGUAGGCCGAGGCGCUCCUUUCGGGAAUGGUUUGGAUCAGCCACAAAGUCAAUCCAUCCCACAGUCCAUGUCACUGUUCCCUGCCCAACAACGAUCACAACACCCUCAUCACACUGCGUUGUUAUCUCCUAGCACUCCCGUUGCCAUGCAUCAGUUUCUCGCCGCUGCUGCUGCGGCUGGACUUCAUCCGGCACCAAAUCCUGUUAGCAAUGCCAGCGGCCAAUCUAACGCUGCUCUAUCUGCUGUUUCUACCGUGGGUUACAAUCCUCAUAUUCAGUCCGGGUCUGGAACAGCUUUCCCCGCAGGCGCUUAUCAGAGUUACCAUCCGGCCUCUCUGUUCUCUGCACCUAACUCUGCAUCCGCUCAUUCAAUCUCUCCACAUGCAAGGGAUGGGGCUACGAUGGUCUUCCAGUCCCCUGCAGGCAUGUUCCAUGCAUCGUGUUCUGCGGCCUUAGGUGGUGGAACGACUCAUACGUUCAGUUCCACUAGCUCCGCUGGGCAUCAAGCGAUGCAGCCUCAUUCUCCUCUGGCAGGAACUCUGAUCCCUGGCAAUUAUGUGUCCUAUUACAGUCAGCAACCUUUUGUUCCUAAUCCGAAUGUUGCGGAACGCAACUCACCUCACCAGCAUCAGCAAGCUGCAGUCGCUGCGGCUAUGGCAGUUGCAGCAGCAAUGUCCAAUGGUGUUCACUCUACCGGUAUGAAUACCGUGGAUCCUUCUAUCGCCCUUGCUCUACCACAGUCUUUGCAGCCGGAUUCGUUGGCAGCAGGCGAGCCUGCAACAGCUGCGAGUCCAUCUACUGACUCGAUGAAAGUGAACGCUGUGGUCCAACAGGGAGUCUAUAGGGGUAAUGCUAGUGGAGAAUGGUAGGAACUUACUUUUCAUCCGUUCCAGAAUAAUUUGAUUACACCGUCCUCUUUUUUUUGUCCAGCGCGAUAACACUGGAUUUGUUUAGGCUAGGCUUAGACAUCCUCUUAAUCCAAAGUCGCUUUAUUCAUACUUAUCUCCCUAAUCACUUAUUCUAGCCCCGGUUCACUUGCUUAUUGCUUCAACCGGUUUGGUUCAUCUAUCAUUUUUAACAUUCGCACGAACCCAUUCACUAUCGCGUUGCGUUUUUAGCCCCUUCGCGGUUUGAAUCUUGUUUAGCCCACAAUUUUUACCCAUAUUUCAAUUAUUGGUUUUCCGUUUUCACGCAUUACGAUGAUCUACUUGCCUCAGCAAAACUUGCUUGUGCAUUUUUUCGGAUUUCGAUGCACUACUUAUUUGGUAUACCACCAUCACCUGAUUGUCUCAGCUUCCCCUCGGGCUCGAACUAAACCGUGUUUUCCGCUCUCUUGUGAUCGUUAUCUCUAACUCAGCAUUUUCGAUUUGUUUCCACUUCUGGGGCUUUCGAAACCCAUGGCUCUCUGUUUCCAUAGUUAAUUGUGCCGCUUUAUUUUGAUGACCGAUCUUUAGCAUGUGUUUGGCACAUAAGAAUGGUCCAUCUUUCCUGGCUCCAUUUGUGGCUUACAACCCGGCAGGCAGUUUUUGCUUCUACCGGGUGCUUUUUUCUACUUGGCCAAUCGCCACAGUGAAUCUUUCGUUGGUUUUUCUCCACAAUCGGGUUUAUCGAUAGCCUUGCGUGUUUCUCCAUCUCAACUCUCCAGGAUUGUUUUCGUGUUCUCAGUUUUGUCUAUCUCGUUGUCCCUUGCUUUACGAGACACUUCCAGCUGCUGGCUCGAACGCUAAAGGUUGCAAUGGACGAGUGUUUUGCUCCCUCAUCGAGGUUUCUGUUUUGGCCUCGCGGCUCUCAGGGUUCGUCACACAAUCAUGCAAACCCGCCUCAUUACUUGUCUUUUCCCUGCGAAUUAGUAUGGUGCGAUUUUUCACUCUUAUUGGGACUUCGUGAGUUGUCGUUUUCUACCCGGCGGUUUGCGUUCAGCUCUUGUCAUCUACCUGUUUCACACUCUCAUGAUGGUUCAUUCGCUCUGACUGACACCCGACCUUAGCAAUAUCGAAUUUUUCACAAGUGUUACGAAUUUGGUGGGAUGCAGCAGUAUUUGAAGACCUGGCUGUGUAUCGAACUUUCUCCUCUAUCAUUCUCCAUUCUUUUCUUAUCUUUACGAUGUUCUCAUUGCGUACCACUUUUUGCGGCCCGAGUACUUUGAACCCCGCAGUUAUUUUUUCUCCGACGUUUCGUUCCAGAGUGGAGGCCAUUUGACUAUUUUUGGACGUAUACCUGUGGUGCUCAAUCUGUCAAUAACAAUCUUUUGUGCACAGCAAUUUCUCUUCAUUUGUGUUCGCGUACAUAUUUCAAUAGCUGCUAUUUAGGUACUGCGGUUCAUGUCCGCGUUACUAUCCUUUGACAACACCAACUACGACCGUUGCCAAAG